AUGAAUUAAUAGUGUAGUAGAAAAAUAACUAUAUAUCAAUGGUAAAAUUAUAAUAAAGCGAUUAAUUAUUAUUCUAAAGUGAUUGAUUUGAGUAAGAAUUUAACUUAAAUAAGAUAAUGCUCUUAUUCAAUAAUAUCAAAAUUAUAACAAUAUGAAAAGGCAGUGUUAUAUUAAAAUAAAGCUUUAACAAUUAAUUCUAAGAGUGAUGCCAUGUAUUUAAAUAAAGGUAAAUAAUUUAUCUUAAUAUAAGGAUAUGCUUUAUAAUUGAUUAAUUAUCUAAUACUAUAAGUAAUCGAAACUUUUUAAAGAAGCCCUUGUGUGUUUAGAUAGGGCAAUCAAAAUAAAUUUUAAUAAUUAUAAGGCAUACUUAUAGAAAGAUAAAAUUAAUUAUUAAAAUUGUCAUCUUGA